AUGCACCUGGGGCGAGCACUGCUGGGGCUACCGGCCUCUCUGGUGCUGUCGCUGGCCGUCCUCGCGCAGGCGGACGAGCAGCGGCAGCAGCCGCGGCAGCAGCACAAGCCGGUUGCUGUGCGCAAGAUGAUGGAUGAGGGCGAAAAGUUCUUCCCGGAGCAGUACUUUGCCUUUGAGGAGGCCGACGACCACAGCAGCAGCAGCAGCAGCAGCAGCAAAUCGCUGGGACAGUUGGGGUCCUUUUCCGAGCGGCGGUAUCGUCCGCCCGUGCAGCUUCGCCCGCCGACCAACGGGUCGUCGCCAAUGCCGCCGCCAUUUCUGGUCCCCUUUGCCGUGCACGAAGAGGACUACGACUACGAGACCGAGCUCGAGCUGGAGCCUGCGCACGCCGACUCUGCCCUCUCGCCCCGCGCCGCCCUCGCUCGCCUGCAAGGUCGCGACUGGAGCUGUCCGACCGGCACGGCCAGCUGCUCGGCCAUCGGCUACCCCUACAGCUGCUGUGCCUCGGGCGAGACGUGCUACGAGAUCGAAAACGUCGGACUCGGGCCCGUUGGCUGCUGUCCGACCGGUGAGUCCUGCUCUGGCUCGGUCACCACCUGUGGCGCCGGCACCACAGCCUGCUCCGAGGCCGACGGCGGCGGCUGCUGCAUCGCCGGCUUCAAAGAGCUUCCCAGCACAGCCAGCGCCGCCAGCUCACGGCCAGCAGCCUCGGAGCUGUUGUGGCUGGCCGCCGUCGUUGCUGUUCUCGCCGGCUCGCAUCUCUCCUAG